AUGUUCACGGUGCUGACGAUAUUUUCGGGAGUAGUCUUCCUCACUCUGAAUUCUGUUAUGUGUUUGAAUAAUGGAUUGGCUAGAACACCACCAAUGGGGUGGAAUUCAUGGCUGGCAGUUGGCUGUCAGGUGGAUUGCGUGAACUAUCCAAACAACUGUCUUAAUGAAAAUGCAAUCAAGCGAGCAGCUGAUAAAUUGGUAUCCGAUGGUUGGCGAGAUCUGGGUUACAAAUAUGUGAUAAUAGAUGAUUGUUGGAUAUCAAGACUGCGUGAUACGAAGACGGUUGCACUAUUGCCAGAUUCUUCGAGAUUUCCGAGCGGUAUGAAAAACCUUGCACAAUAUUUGCAUUCGAAAAAUCUACUGUUCGGAAUAACUAUUGAUUAUGGAACUGGAACAUGUGCAGGUUAUCCAGGUAGUUUGGACUUUCUCGAAUUGGAUGCAAAGACUCUGGCUGAAUGGGAAGUGGAUUACGUGAAGAUGAACUCGUGUAACAGUCCUGAUCACAUGAUGCCUGAUGGUUUCGAAAAGUUCUCACGACUACUCAAUGGAACUGGUAGACCAAUGAUGUUUUUGUGUACAUAUCCUUUAUAUGGUUCAUGGUAUGCAAAUCCUAAAUCGAUUGACUGGAAGAGACUACAGAACAACUGCAAUCUCAUUCGUUCUCUGCCCAACUCCUUUAGUUCUUGGGCAUCUGUAAUGGGUAUUAUAGAUGGAUACAAAGUUCGCAACGAUGUUUUACCGAAAGUGGCUGGUCCAGGACAAUGGAACGAUCCCGACAUGUUGGUCUUAGGAAACAACAGACUUUCCAAUGAUCAAAAGCGAGUUCAUAUGGGUAUGUGGUGUAUGUUCGCUGCUCCAUUAAUCAUCUCAACCGACAUGGACAAGGUGGAUCAAUUCAGUGCAUCUCUGUUACGCAAUAAACAUUUGUUGGCGAUAGAUCAGGAUGAAGGUGGACAUCAGGCGGAAUUCAUCAAAUCACGAAAUGAUGUACAGAUGUGGAUACGACAAUUAAAUGAUUGUCCAGUUGGUUGGGCAAUCGCUUGCGUCUACACAAGGAGUAAUGGAGGACCAAUCAACUUUACCACAAAUCUGGAUGAAUUCAAAUCACAAAUGUACACGAUAUCAGGAGAUAAGUUCGAAUUAGUGGAUGUAUUCACUGGUGAUAAGUUCAAAGACGUGGGAUUGAAAGAGAACUUUACAAUUCCUAUCAAUCCAUCUGGAAUAAUGAUGUUUCGAGUGAAUCCAUUCAAAUUGGUUUAUAGUGUUCAGUGA